UCGAUCUCGUGAAUAUCAAACACUCGCCGUCUCCAUAUUGGAAGCAGAGAUCAGAAAACACGGGGAAAAAUGAAGAGGCUAUUUUUAACGAUCGGUUAAGUGUGCCGAUGUCGGGUUUCUCCUCGCUAGCUUCGGGAGUUUAAAUGCAAUCGUUGAUACGUUGCGAGGGGUAUUUAUUAGGUCUACAUUUGCAGGUUUCAUGGUCAGCUCGCUAAAGCUAUCUGAUUUUAGCAAUCCAGACUCCGACUUGUAAGCCGUUCGGCGCAGGCGAAAUUAAUUUUUGUUAUGCGCAUCACUGUGUGCUAAUUGAUCAAAUGUGCAUCCGCGACGCAUAUUUUAAUGCAACAAAACGCAAAGAUUAGUGUUCGGGUGCAGUCCGUUCACCCACGCUAGCCCGAGCGACAGCAGUCUGCUUGGAGAUCUGCCAUUAACUCGACUUGACUAGCUUUUAGCACAAUCUCAAACACGGACACGGCCAGAACUCGCUGGGAAAGGGAGCUAACAUUUCGUUUCCAUGGACAACACGUCCAUAAUAACGCAGGUUACGAACCCCAAGGAGGAGGAGAUACUCUCGUCAAAUGCUGAGAAAGUUUCGCUGUCCAACUGCAGUCUGAAGAAGAAGAGGACUCGCAGAAUCUUCAGCUCAUUGUUCUGCUGUCUGAGGAGUUACGAUGCCGAGCCACCCACCACCCCCAACAACAGCAGCCCUCUUCCCCCACCUGUGGAGGAAAACGGAGCUCCACCAAAGUGUGACCAGGUUGAGGUCAUCCCUAUCCCCAGU